AGAAAAUCUUCUUCCAGCUGGAUGCUACCAGACACUCAACCAAGGCGUACGGGGAGACGAGACAGGAUCAAUCCGGGGAGAGACACACACACUUCGAGGACGGAGCUCUAUGAAGAGAGGAGGACACAAGGUGGGAGAACACAGCAGAAAAGAAGAGCCUCAUUCACUUUCAUUGUGUGGAAAAGAGAUGCAAAAAUGAAUGACGAACAUCUAACAUUUGCUUUUUGUUCCACGGAGGAAAGAAAAUUACAGAUCAUGGUCGCUGGGGCGUGUGAGGAGAUACACAAAGUCUUAAGGGAAGAAGACUGCUUGUUAUCGCGACUAAAGCUUCACCUCAAAAACAUGAGGGAUUGUCUCCUGUGGAACUUCGCCAAAGUGAUUCUGUUCUGGACAUUAACUGAUGCUCAGGCAGGUGAAGAUGAGAUUACAGCUGAAGAACAGGUGCAGAGGCUGCUGGAUGCAAAGCUGCGGUGUCUACAGAAGGUCUCCACAGACGACCCUGCUGUUGGUGUGUGUGUCCCAGAGUGGGAUGGUCUGAUAUGUUGGCCACAAGGCUUCCCUGGAACUCUGACCAAGACCCCCUGCCCCAGAUACAUCUAUGACUUCAACCAUGCAGGACAUGCUUACAGGAGGUGUGACUCUAAUGGUUCUUGGGUGCUUGCAGAAAGCUCAAACAAGACCUGGGUCAACUACACUGAAUGCAUCAAAUCCCCAGAACCCAACAAAAAGAGACAGGUCUUUUUUGAAAGGCUGCACAUCAUGUACACAGUGGGCUAUGCAGUUUCCUUCAGCUCUCUUCUAGUGGCUAUCUUUAUUAUUGGAUACUUCAGGCGUCUCCACUGCACCAGGAACUACAUUCACAUGCACCUGUUUGUUUCCUUCAUGCUGCGUGCCGUCAGCAUCUUUGUGAAGGAUCACGUUGUGCACACUAGUGCUGGGCUGCAGGAAUUUGAUGCUGUGCUUAUGAAUAACUUCACUAAUGCUGUGGAUGUGGCACCAGUGGACACUUCACAGUAUAUGGGUUGUAAAGUGACUGUCUUGCUGUUCAUCUAUUUCCUGGCUACAAACUACUACUGGAUCCUGGUGGAAGGCUUAUACCUGCACAGUCUCAUCUUCAUGGCCUUCUUGUCUGACUCUAAGUACCUGUGGGGCUUCACUUUGAUCGGGUGGGGUGUUCCCGCUGUUUUUGUUGCAGCUUGGGCAGUUGUGAGGGCAACGCUGGCAGAUGCAAGAUGCUGGGAGCUGAGUGCAGGAAACAUCAAAUGGAUCUACCAGGUCCCCAUUCUCACAGCCAUUGGGCUGAACUUCAUCCUGUUUGUGAAUAUUGUGAGGGUUCUCGCCACCAAGAUCCGCGAGACCAACGCAGGCAGAUAUGACACACGGAAACAGUACAGGAAGCUUGCCAAAUCCACGCUUGUGUUGGUGUUUGUGUUUGGAGUGCACUACAUUGUGUUUGUUGGGAUGCCGCACACAUUCGAAGGUCUUGGCUGGGAGGUGCGGAUGUAUUGUGAGCUGUUCUUCAAUUCUUUCCAGGGUUUCUUUGUGUCUAUCAUCUACUGCUACUGUAAUGGAGAGGUCCAGACCGAGAUCAAGAAAACAUGGACACGAUGGAACCUAGCGUUCAAUUGGAAGGGCCCAGUGGUGUGUGGGAGCUACCGCUACGGCUCUGUGUUGACGGGCCUUAACAACAGCACCAGCAGUCAGUCCCAGCUGGCUACCGGCGGCCCGGGCACCCGCUCCACCACGCUCUUCUCCAGCCGAGUCUACCGCAGCAGCGGGGGGCCAACUAUCAAUGCCCAUGCCACACUGCCAGGCUAUGUGCUCAAUUCGGAUGCUGACAGCUUGCCACCAUCCAUACCCGAGGAGCCAGAGGACAGUGCAAAGCAGGUCGAUGACAUCCUGCUAAAAGAGUCUCUGCCCACAAGGUCCAGCAGCGGCCUGGAGGACGACGAGGAAACUCUGUAGAUCAGGGGUGCCCAACCCUGCAGAGUUCAGCUCCAACCCUGAGGUUUUACAGAAUUACAGACAGAUGUGUUUGAUCAGGGUUGGAACUGAACUCUGCAGGAAGGUAGAUCUCCAGGAACAAGGUUGGGCACCCCUGCUGUAGAUAAUGGUGCAGUGAUAGUCAGCUAAAUUAGGUGUAAUAGCACACAGGGAAUUUGUUGAAGAGCAAAAAUGACAGUUCAUCACCUGCAGCACACAGUACGUUGGGUGCCAACAGCACCUCUACAACGAACACUUCCUGUUCGAGCUCUGACACAUAGCUUGUUUUUGACACAAUGUCAUGUGCAGACAGAUUGAUAUGUUCAUGGCAAGAUAUCGCCACUCAUCACUAUAAAUGCUGAUGGAUAAAAUUUCUGGUUGCUUCAUGCAGUUCUUAAACUGCCAGCUGGACAAUGUGAAUGCUGGAGUUUUCUUUUCUUUUUUCAAUUGCAAUGCCAACUAUUUAUUUUUGAAAACUGGUUUCAUUUGCUUAGAACCAUGAUGUCAUCAAGAUUUUAGUCAAAAGCAUGACUUCCAGACAUUUGUGUAGACCAUGGAAGCAACACUCAGGAUAACUGAUAUUUAUUAAGGACUAUUGAAUGUUACUGAGGCUUCCAUCGCCCUUAUUGUAGUAUUCCAUUUCAGAGGGAAAAAAUUAUAAUUUAAUAAAAUUUAUU